AGAGCACGAUUCCUGCGUGUGUCGAUAAUGCGCCUGAGUCAUGACAGCUUUGUCUUGUUGGUCUGGGAUAAACUCUUAACCGCACGCUGACCAAACACCCAUCACUCCUUGCGGAGGAGGAGCCCAUGGGCCUAGGAUUACAGAAUGUCCGCAGACAAAGUCCGCAGCCGCACUAGCAGAGGUUGUUCUUGGGAGGGCCGUUAUUAAUCAAUAAGUCGCGGUAAAGUGGCGACAGGUCACGGAACCAAAGGCACGACAAAGGUAUAAGUUGGAAGGAAAUCAGGUAAGGCACUUUUACGGUUCUAGCUCAUCGAGAAUGGAUGAUCCAUCUAUGUUCAUUACGCUCCUGUAUAAUUCGACAUCUUCGCUAUGACUCCCACAAUCCUCGUCGUUGGCGCCACCGGCAACACUGGCCGAAGUGUCGUUCAGACCCUGUCCAAACUCCUGAGCACCAGCAGCACUCUGUCGGGUCAUAGAAUUCUGGCCCUUACGCGCUCAUCCAAUGGAACAGUGGCAAAGGAAUUGGCUGAACUGCCCGGAGUCGAAGUUGCAGAGCAGAAUUGGGUCGAAAUCACUGCCGAUUGGCUCCGCCAACAUGGUGUAGCCAGGGCGUUCAUUGCAUCGCACAACCAGCCAAACCAAUUCGCCGAAGAAUCAACUUUCCAUCUGGCUGCUCUCCACGCCGGCGUUGAGUAUGUUGUGCGAAUCUCAACCACCGCUGCGAAUGUCCGUCCGGACUAUCCGGCCUACUACCCGCGAACGCACUGGGCAAUCGAGGCUCUCUUGAGCUCGCCCGAGUUCCGAGGCCUGCAGUGGACUUCUCUGCAGCCUAAUGUUUUCUUUACAUUCUACAUUAGCUCCGCCGCAGAGCUUGUCAAGAACUACCGUAAGACGGGGAAGCAGGAUAUAUUAAGAUUGAUGGCAUCAAAGGACGGGCCUGUCGGUGUUGUUGAUGCCGAUGAUGUCGGAACGCUGGCAGCUCACCUCUUGGCCGAGAAGGAUGUCUCGAGACACAACAAAGCCAAAUAUGUCGUGAACGGACCGGAGGAUAUCACGGGUCAACAAAUCGUGAAGAUGGUCGAGGACCACAUCGGCACCCAAGUCAAGGAGGUUCGGUACAAGGACAUGUCGUUUGUUGAUCAGAUGGCUGCCCAAAGCUCCGAGUCGAGCAACGUCAUCUUAUCUAUCAAGCAUGCCCCGGAGACAGCAUGGGCUGGAGAGUGCACAGCUUCUACGACCAGCAAAGAAGUCAUCGCGCUGGCUGCACCCAAGGGAACCCUCGCUACAGCUUUCCAAGCCUUGUUGGAAUCCUGAGGACAUGGAGCUAUUUCGCUGUUGUCCUAGCCGGGGGUUGGCAUCUAUCUUUACUCCAUAGUCGCUCAUUGAACUCACGCCAUUGAGUACAUAUAGACCACAAUGCCACAAGUUCACUUUUCCAGACUUUUG